CGAACGCUCACGACUGACGAGUUCACGACAUGUCUGCAGUGGGGCAAAGGACGGUAACCCGCUCGGCGUCUUCAUCGACCAUCAGCGCGGCAGUAUCGCGGGACCCGUCCAGGAUCGACGAGAAGACGUCGAUCGAACAGGAAAAGCAAAACGUGCAGUCAGAGGUCGACAACAUCGACUCUGAGCUACAAUAUGGCGAGGCCCCAGAUGGUGGGCUCCGUGCUUGGCUCGCAAUCACAGGGUGUGCGGCCGGCACUUGCGCCACCUUUGGCCUAGUGAAUGCAUGGGGAGUUUUCCAAGAGUACUACCAGAGACAGGUGCUGUUUGGCACGUCCCCCUCUACGAUCGCGUGGAUAGGAUCAGUUCAGUAUGCUCUUAUUUUCCUUCCGGGCCUGUUCAUCGGGCGCGUUUUCGACAUGGGAUACACAAAAACGCCUCUAGGGUUGGCGAGCGCCGUCAUCAUAGCGGUAACCUUCCUCACUGCAGAGUGUACGAAGUACUGGCAGUUUCUGCUGUGUCAAGGCAUAGCUAUGGGACUGGCCUGCGGUGUCGUGUUCGGUACAGUCAUGGGCUGCCCCGCGCAUUGGUUCAAGAAAAGGCUAGGGCUCGCCCUCGGCAUCAUGGGGCUCGGAUCCACCAUUGGUGGUGCCGUCUUCCCCAUCGCCGUGCGUAACCUAGUCGAUCGAGUGGGAUUCAAGUGGACAAUGCGUAUCAUGGGUUUCAUUGAGAUCGCACUGCUCGCGUACCAGUUCGCUACCGUAGAGCGGCGCCUGCCGCCCAAGAAACAUACCGGUCCGUUCGUGGAUUUCUCUGCCUUCAAGUCGCUGGCGUUCUCCCUAUACUGCGUCUCGAGUUUCUUGGCCUUCCUAGGCAUCUAUACGGUCCUCACCUAUAUUGACGUCAGCGCAGUAUCGAAAGGCAUAGACCCGAACUUCUCAUUCUACCUGCUGGCCAUUGCCAACGCCUGCUCGGCGAUUGGCCGGAUUCUCGGCGGACUAUUGGCGGAUCGUAUAGGGCCCCUUACGGUAAUGACGCCCGCGACGUUCAUCGCCGGGAUCCUGACCUACGCAUGGCCGUUCGCGAACACCACUGGGGCGCUCAUCGGCAUCGCUAUCAUCUACGGCGGUGCGAGCGGCGUGUAUGUGUCUUUGCUCGUGGCGCCAGUCGUGCGCAUGGGCGGGACACAGGACGUUGGCGUGCGCGUGGGCAUGAGCAUGACGGUCAUCGCGAUCGGCGCUGUCGCUGGCCCUCCAAUCUCCGGUGCCAUCAACGCUGCGACAGGCGCGUACGUAUUCACUGGGGUCUGCGCAGGCACGACGGUCAUGGUGGCGUGCUGCUUCCUCAUCGCCACCCGUGUUGCCAUCCUCGGCGGCUUGCGAGGGAAAUGCUAAACGUCUAUCUUCUAUCUUCGCUCUUCUCGGGUUCUCUUCGUCGACGUUCGCUUCUCACAAGGUUUACGACAUCCAAUGCUCUAUGUAUGGCUCUAUAGACGUGCAACGGCAAUUGGCCAAUGAUCAUCAUACG